AGUCAGAGAGCGCAGAAGAAAACUCCCGCGAAACUGGUCACGUGACACUGCGAUUGGCGCGAAUUCUUCUGGCGGGAGAAGAAGCUGCAGCCGGACAACAACGUGAGAGAGUUCAGAGCGCUGCCCCCGGCUCCUCGGCACCAUGUCUUCACCAUCAUCCACACCAUCAUCCACACCAAGCCGCAGAAGGAAUAAGCGAGGACGAGGCAGCAAUCCUCCAACUCCACGCAGUGAGGAAGUUCACUCACCUCCAUCUCAGAGACGAAGGACUGAAGAUUCCACAUCGAUUGGUGAACUUUUGCCCAUGCCAACUUCACCAUCUGGUGAUCUCCAGAGCCCCAGUGGACAAGAACUGCUAUUCUCUAGCCCAGCACCAUCACGACAUUCAAUUGUUCAGAGUGAACUUGACUUGAGCUCUCCUUUGACAUAUGGAACUCCAAGCUCUAGAGUGGAGGGGACGCCUCGGAGUGGUAUCCGAGGCACUCCUGCAAGACAAAGGCCUGAUUUAGGAUCAGCACGCAAACUAAAGCAGGUGGAUUUGCAGUCCGACCAGCCUGCUGCAGAGGAGCUGGUGACUAAUGAACAAUCCAUGGAACAAAAGUUAGUAAUUUGGGGAACGGAUGUCAAUGUGAUUACAUGCAGGGAGAAAUUCCAGCGGUUUAUCCAGCGCUUUAUUGAUCCAGCUGCCAAAGAGGAGGAAAAUGUUGGCUUGGAUUUGAACGAGCCUAUUUACAUGCAGCGUCUUGAAGAGAUCAAUGUCGUUGGCGACCCAUUCUUAAAUGUUGAUUGUGGGCAUCUCAGAACAUUUGAUCAAGAUCUGUAUAGACAGCUAGUUUGCUAUCCACAGGAAGUUAUUCCGACCUUUGAUAUGGCGGUUAACCAGCUUUUCUUUGAGCGUUACCCUGAUUCUAUUUUGGAACAUCAAAUUCAAGUGAGACCUUACAAUGCCUUAAAAACUAGAAAUAUGCGAAGUUUGAAUCCUGAAGAUAUUGAUCAGCUGAUCACGAUUGGCGGAAUGGUUAUUAGGACUUCACAGAUUAUCCCAGAAAUGCAAGAAGCUUUCUUUAAAUGUCAAGUGUGCUCCUUUAGCACAAGAGUGGAGAUUGACAGAGGUCGUAUUGCAGAACCAGCUGUCUGCAAACAUUGUAAUACCACACACAGCAUGGCGUUGGUCCACAAUCGCUCCAUGUUUUCAGAUAAACAAAUGAUAAAGCUACAAGAGUCUCCUGAAGAUAUGCCUGCUGGACAAACUCCUCACACUAUAAUUUUAUAUGGACACAAUGACUUGGUGGAUAAAGUGCAGCCUGGAGAUAGGGUCAAUGUGACCGGCAUUUACAGAGCAGUUCCCAUCCGUGUAAACCCAAAAGUUAGAAAUGUCAAGUCUGUAUAUAAGACUCACAUUGAUGUCAUCCAUUAUCGGAAGACUGACUCCAAGCGUUUACAUGGAAUUGAUGAGGAGAAUGAGCAAAAGAUGUUCACUGAGGAACGUGUACAGGUGUUGAAGGAACUGGCUGCUAAACCUGACGUCUACGAACGGCUUGCUGCAGCUCUAGCACCAAGUAUAUAUGAACAUGAAGAUAUCAAAAAGGGUAUUUUGCUGCAGCUGUUUGGUGGCACACGGAAAGAUUUCAGCCAUACAGGAAGAGGAAAUUUCAGAGCUGAAGUUAAUAUUCUUUUGUGUGGUGAUCCUGGCACAAGUAAAUCUCAACUUCUCCAGUAUGUGUACAACCUUGUCCCUAGAGGCCAGUAUACUUCUGGGAAAGGUUCGAGUGCUGUAGGUUUAACAGCCUAUGUGAUGAAGGACCCUGAGACAAGACAGCUGGUUCUCCAAACAGGAGCUUUGGUGCUAAGUGACAAUGGCAUUUGUUGCAUUGAUGAGUUUGACAAAAUGAGUGAGAGUACUAGAUCUGUACUUCAUGAAGUCAUGGAACAGCAGACACUAUCAAUUGCUAAGGCUGGGAUUAUCUGUCAACUAAAUGCACGUACAUCUGUUCUAGCUGCUGCAAAUCCUGUGGAGUCUCAGUGGAAUCCUAAGAAAACCACAAUUGAGAACAUCCAGCUUCCACACACCCUUCUAUCAAGAUUUGAUCUUAUAUUCUUGAUGUUGGAUCCACAAGAUGAGACCUAUGACCGGCGCCUGGCUCACCAUCUUGUUGCUUUGUACUAUCAGAGUGAGGAGCAGUUAAAUGAAGAGCAACUGGAUAUGGCAGUAUUAAAAGAUUACAUAGCAUACGCUCGCACUUAUGUCCAUCCACGACUGAGCGAGGAAGCCAGCCAAGCUCUCAUUGAGGCUUACGUAGACAUGAGGAAAAUUGGCAGUGGUCGUGGAAUGGUAUCUGCUUACCCAAGGCAGUUGGAAUCUCUGAUCCGUCUUUCUGAAGCUCAUGCCAAAGUGCGCUUUUCCAGUAAAGUGGAAACCAUUGAUGUAGAAGAAGCUAAACGUCUUCAUCGUGAAGCUUUAAAACAGUCCGCAACAGAUCCAAGAACUGGCAUUGUAGAUAUCUCAAUUCUUACUACAGGAAUGAGUGCUACAGCUCGCAAACGCAAAGAGGAACUGGCACAGGCUCUGAAGAAACUGAUCCAAUCUAAAGGCAAAACACCAGCGUUAAAAUACCAGCAGUUGUUUGAGGAUCUUCGAGGGCAGUCUGAUGCGGCUGUUACGAAGGACAUGUUCGAUGAAGCUUUGCAUGCCCUGGCAGAUGAAGACUAUUUGACAGUGACUGGCAAGACUGUUCGCUUGUUGUAAAAGACGUACUUCAGUAGUGUUUGCUGCUUUUCCUUAUUACUGAAGAAUCCAUACCAGCAUUUGUGACUUGUUAUUCUUGCAAAUGUAAUGGGUUUAUAUCAGUGUAUGUAAAUAUAUUUUGCUUUUUAUGGAUCACUGAUUCAUAGCAUUCACAAUAACCAGUGGUUUGCCAUAGUUCAUUAUGUGUAACUGUUUUAGGCUACUAAGCAAAACACUGAUGUAAGAUUACAGGAUAACUGUAUUUUUCAAAAUGUUGCAUUCUUGUAGAGUAAUUUCUAAAUGUUAUUACAUGCAAUUAAUAAACUUUUUUGCAAAUCUGG